CCUGUGCAAAUGCGCAGUGAGAAAGACCUCCCCAGUCUUAACUGGUUCAGUGUUUUGGAGCCUAACCUGUGGGUCGGUGCACCACUGUGAAAAGCAUGCAAACUGGGAUCCCGCAGCUCACAGGACGAGUGAGAGGAAGGUGCGCACCAACGAGCUGAACCCUCAGGGCGGUCAGUGGGGAACCAUGUGCAGCUCCCUGAGUCCCAAACAGCCCAGUGGCCCCGGCCUCACAGACAUGCAGCAGUAUCACCAGUGGCUGGCCAGUCGGCACGAAGCCAGCCUGCUGCCCAUGAAGGAGGACCUGGCCCUGUGGCUCACUAAUAUUCUCGGUCUGGAAAUCACCGCAGAGAGCUUCAUGGAUCGCUUAGACAAUGGCUUCCUGUUGUGCCAGCUGGCUGAGACACUACAGGAGAAGUUCAGGCAAAGCAACGGAGACCUGCCUGCUUUUGGAAACAGCAAGCAGAGUAUUCCCUAUCGGAGGAUACCAUGUCGGCAGAGUGCUCCCUCCGGUUCCUUUUUUGCACGGGACAACACAGCCAACUUCCUGGCCUGGUGUCGCAAGGUUGGAGUCGGAGAAACAUGUCUGUUCGAGUCAGAGGAUUUAGUUCUUCACAAGCAGCCACGAGAAGUGUGCCUUUGUCUUUUAGAGCUGGGAAGGAUAGCAUCACGGUACAAUGUGGAGCCCCCUGGCCUUAUAAAACUGGAGAAAGAGAUUGAACAAGAAGAGAAAGCACCGCUACCACCUCCAUCACCUGUAUCUCCUGCUCAGCCCCACCCUCCAUCUCCCUCUUUAUCUCCCACCCCAUCUCCUUCCCCAUCUCCAACUCCCACCAAAGUCACUUCCAGCAAGAAAAGUACAGGGAAGCUGUUGGAUGAUGCUGUAAGACACAUCGCUGAUGACCCCCCCUGCAGAUGUCCAAAUAAAUUCUGUGUAGAGAGACAGUCACAGGGUCGCUACCGUGUUGGCGAGAAGAUGCUUUUUAUCCGGAUGCUGCACAACAAGCACGUGAUGGUGCGUGUUGGCGGAGGCUGGGAGACCUUUGAGAGCUACCUGCUGAAACACGACCCAUGCCGCAUGCUCCAGUUCUCCCGGGUGGAGGGCAAGACGUCCCCCAUCAGCAGCAGCAAGUCCCCCAACAUCAAGGACCUCAGCCCUGACAGCUACCUGGUGGUGGCAGCCCACUACCGCAGCAAAAAGUGAAGACAUGAGACUGAAAAGUGUAAUCAGCUUGACACAGAGGAUGACCUCUUGCCAUUGUUUACUGCGUAAUGGAUGUGGCUAUGUAACAUAUGCCUGCUCUGGUACAUAUUAUGGCUAUAGACACCACUACAUUCCCGGAAAGCACAGGGUGCUUGUGAGCAGAUGAAGCCUGGAAUUACACUAGUGGGCCCUUAACAAUGUGUUUUAUUAAGUUUUACAUGACAGUAAAAAGCUCUGAGAGGUGUGUCAGUCAUUGCAUAGCAUAAUGAGUUAACUGGGUUAAAGUGAAGCUGUACAUUUCCAUUACUAAUUGUGUUUUAAGCAAUAUAUCACUCAUAUUAGGUAGAAACUUUACAGGUUUUAGCACACCUGCUCCUUUCAUAUAGUCAAUCAGGCCUCUGGUGCCUGUCUGUAUUUGUUGUACAUGCUAAAAUUAGAACUUUUUUGAAUGACAUAAUGUAAGUGGUGGAGGUUUGAGGACAUCUAAAAAGCCAGUAUUCUUUGGCAAUCUGACAUGUGAUAGAAAGCUGUUUGACUGAUAUUUUUACCCUACAUGCUUUAUAGUACAUUGAAUACAAGGGUGGCUCCAGUGGUCGCCAUAUGGAAAAUUGAGCUUAAACUGGGACAUUUAGAAGACGUGGAAACCAUACUGUCCAAAGAAAUGUAAUUGACCAAAUAUUUAAGUGAUCGCCCACUGUACUCUCCAGUUUUCCACUGAGAAAACUGCCAGAUCUCUUCUAGAAACCAAACAUGAGUCAUGAAAUGUUAUAUCUUUUUCUUUAUGAUUUAUUAUUAUAAUUAUUAUUAGACUGAGAAAAUAAAGCAAUGCUUAGAUUGUUUACAUGUUGAAUAACUAUUCUAUGCAAUGCAUUUUUAUACUAUUAAUCAUUUUUAAUUAUUCAUUAUUAAGAUGGCUCCUGUUUUGUAUAAUUUCUAUUGUCAGAACAUGGACAAUCACCUGCACAAGAUGCAGCAUGUAGUUAAAUGGAACCUGGUUAUUUGUGAUUGAUAUUAAUACAUUCAAUCCGUUGCUACCGACCUCUAGAGGUGGUGCAAUCAUUUUUACUUGACUAAUAAUCUUUCCAAUUUGUAGAUCCUUACAUUUAAUAGGUUUAAUUCAUAUUAUCAUAUUUUAAUCCCUGUAAAACAUGGGUUUGGUUUGAAAGCCAAAUAACCCACAGGCUUAUAUGUGAAGUACACAUUUCUGUUUUUUAGAUGUAAAUUUUCAAUAAAUUCUCAAAACUUUAAACUUCACUGUUUGUAAUAUUUAGUUUGCCUGUAAAUAUUUCCAGGACUGGAUGAUUUUGCUUUGGAAUUAAACCUUUAUGCAUCUCAUGUUUGUGAGAUUGAAAAAUAAUGGCAAAUGUUCAAUGGGAUCAAUGGUGAAAAACCUAUAACUUCAACACACAUUGUUUUAGCAAGUCUGUGUCUCAACUGCAGCAUGUUGCAAACUGUAUCAAUGAUCAUAUUAACCUAAUCUAAACCUAAUCUGAAUUUGACUUACUGUAAAACUCAUUAAAUCCACACAAGAGUAGCAGAAAUGUGAUUUAUUGUAGCAAAUUACAUUGGCUGAAUUUCCUGUUCUACAAAAUGUCGAGAGCCCCGGAAGCAUUUGAGGAUCAAGUGAAGGCUGUAAGAAAUGCAUUCAAUAAAGCAAGUCAAAGUAAAUACUUCACUACAUACUGUACAAACGUCACUUAUUCUUUUCCUUCUGUUUCUUCCUGUUUCCGUUGUAGUGGACGUGAUUCUCUCCCAGCGCAGAGUGUGAGCAAGCAUAUUUGCUGUUCACCAAAUGUUGACAAACUGUGUGCA